AUGGAGCCCCUGGAAUCGGUGACGUUUGAAGAUGUAGCUGUCGACUUCACCCAGGAAGAGUGGAGCCUGCUGGACAAGUCCCAGAAAAACCUGUUCCGAAAUGUGAUGAUGGAAACUAUCACCCACCUGGUCUCUGUAGGCUAUCCGAUCAGCAAAUCAGAUGUGAUUUUCCAGCUGGAACAAGGGAAAGAGUUGUGGAGUGAAGCAGCAGACCUCCAAGGUCAGAGUCCAGUUCCCUUCAGAAGGAAACAUAAUGUCAGCAAACAGCAUGGAAAAUCACUUAGUCAAGGGUCAUUCCUCGAUGGACAGGGUCACAUUCACACUAGACGUAAGUCAUGUGAAUGUGCUCUGUGUGGGAAAGUUUUUAAUAGAUGCUCUAGCCUUAGCAGACAUAAGAUGAUUCACACUGGAGAGAAACCAUUCAAAUGUCAACUGUGUGGGAAAGUCUUCAAUCAAAGAUUCUCCCUGAAAGUACAUGAGAAAACUCACACAGGAGAGAAGCCCUAUGAAUGUCAUCAGUGUGGAAAAGCCUUUAGUAGAUGUGCUAACCUCAGGAGACACAGCAUGAUUCACACUGGAGAAAAACCAUUCAAAUGUCAUCUGUGUGGGAAAGUCUUCAAUCAAAAUUCCUCCUUGAAACAACAUGAGAGAACUCACACAGGAGAGAAGAGAUAUGAAUGUCAUCAGUGUGGCAAAGCCUUUCUUCAAAGCUCUGGCCUUAGUUCGCAUAAGAAAGUCCACACUGGAGAGAAGCCACAUGUAUGUCUUGAGUGUGGGAAGGCCUUUACUCGUAGUUCAGGGCUUCAUGUGCACAAAAGGAUCCACAUUAGAGAGAAACCACAUGUAUGCUCUGUGUGUAGGAAGGCCUUCAGUAAAUACGCUAAGCUGAGGGAACAUGAGAGAACCCACAGUGGAGAGAAGCCCUAUGAAUGUCAGCUCUGUGGAGAACACUUCACUCGUGCCUCUUCCCUUAGACGACACGAGAGAACCCAGCACAAGAAAGAAAACCAGUAG